AUGGGUAACGCGGGUCUCGAAGAGAGAUCUGAACAAGAUAAUGAAUUAUCUGCAUCUCUCUCUGUUUCAGCUCCAAAGGAAUACUCCUCCUACAGAUCACCUCUGAACAGGAAAGAGCUGCAUCCAGUGUGUACCUUUGCAGGAGAGAAUGUCCAUUCUUUCCUGAGUGGAGCUCGAUAUAACAGGGACAGGAUAAUGGAUUUUGCUGCUGUUGAUAAAUAUGGGCUGUACCUCACACGCAAUAAGCCUAAUGAGAGCUUUCUGACUCACAGUGAUGUGGAUCUGUCUGCAGGAACCGCCAAAGACCAGGGUACAGCAUCAUUUAAUACAGACCAGGACAGAGUCUCCACUGAGAGACAGAGCAGUACAUGCACACAGAAAAGCCUGAGGGAGGAGAAGAGCAUUCGCAUCACUGUCAGACAAACAAAUAAAAUCCAAGAUGCCUGCGGAAGUCUCUCUGAAACACAAGCAAAGCUAGUCCUCAUAAGAAAAAAGAAAAACAGAAAUGGCAGAAGAGUGCAGGGCAGUACCCCAGUGGAAAUGAGUAUCACCAGGAUCACAGAACUCCCCAAAAGCAGUAGUAGACAGGCUACUCAGAAAUGUAAGACUGUAGUAUUCAGAGCCCAGGAUGUGGGAAAAAGUGACAGCUCAUUCAAAUGCAAAUCCUAUUCCGAAACACUGAAUAACCACACUCCCAAGUUUGCUGGGCAAAGCCAUAAAGCUUUCAAAAUGACAUUUAGUAUCCAAGGAGUGCAGUGGCAGCCUGCCAGAGAGCAGACUGCAAGCUUUAGAUUUGGUGGAUCAGUCAUCAGAAAAUAAACUACAGACUGCAUUGAGCGGGACAAGGGUCAGAUAUUACUAAAGCAUAUGUUUUAUCAAAUGCUAAAAAUAAUGUCUCAGUCCAUUAAAAAAAAAAAGAGAUCUCGGUUCACUUUAAAGAGAUCUCGGUUCACUUUAAAGAGAUCUCGGUUCAUUUUAUCUACGUAUUUAUUUUCCUGUUUUCUUUAAUUAGAUCCAGUGCUUCAAACAGCCCCCUCGGUGAAGGAAACGGGUCAGAUUUUUAAAAAAAGAAAACAGCAGUUAAAUCAGCAAAACCUGAUAUAUUUGUUUCUGAUCCCAGGUGCUGAAACACAUUUCCCCAAACAGCAGAGCAAACCCUUUAUUACUAUUCCUUUCUAAUACACACAGUACUUUCAACGAUGGAAGCAAAGAUUGUGUGUGUGCGUGAAGGUAUACUACAACAUACUACAAUAAUGUCUGAUUGUUCAAAAAGAAUAUGUUAUGUGACAUAACAUCAACACUUGUAACAGAGGUCAGAUGUACUUUUUGGUGACAGAAACUAUUUUUUUAUCAUCGCAGUGCCUUUGGCCAUGAACAGUUUCCCGCACAGUGCUGUAUGAGGUGUGCAUCUUUUAUUUACUGUACCCUAAACAGUAUUGUUCCCAUCAUGAAUCCAGUCCUAUGUGUGCACACUGGGCAACCCAGUUCUUAUGUACAGCUGUAGCCUUUAAUUGAAGCAAAGAGCCAUGAUCAGUUGUAAAAGUCAUGUAGUGUAAUUUUGCACGGGUAAAGAAAAAUAAAUGCAAUAUAAAUAUUGUUUAUUACAUCAAAGCUGCAUUGAAAUGUUACCAGUUACAAUAAUAAUAAUAAUAAUAAUAAUAAUAAUAAUAAUAAUAAUAAUAAUAAUUAAACCACAAAGCAAAAAUUACUUUGAAGUUAUUUAUUCACAGCAUAAUUUGUGGUGAUCGUUGUUUCUAUUUGCUAUGAGCCAAUAGUGAAUUAAGGGGUGAGUCUUGCAUUUCUGUAAUAGAAAUAAACCUACUGCAAAUUGAUAUAUUGAUCUAAAUUGUCUUGGUGUUCAACCCAAUCUAUAGGUAACUUUUUUGUUGUUUGUCUUUUACAAUAACUUAACAGGUAUCAUGUAUGUUGUUUUUCAAAUAUUUUUUAAAGAUGUUUUAUCAAUUAUAUAUUAUAUAAUUGAUAAUGCCAUUGUACAUUAUCAUUUUAAUUGUGUUUAAAGUAUAUGCAUGCAUGUUCAUUUUUACAUAAUUUUAAACAGAUGCCAAAAUAAAUGCCAAAUGAAAUCCUGGCUUGUGUUUUUAUGAAACCAUAUGCCAGUUUUCAAUAGACAGAGUAUUGUUUUACUUUUCAGAAGAAAAAUGUCUUAACAAAAUGAUUAAAGA